CACAGUUGAGAGAGGAUCUCCGCCCUGUCGAUUAGACCACCUGUUCCGAGGCCGUCCUCCUCGUUCUUAACGCUCAUCUGGAAAGUUAGGAGCCAUUUAUUUAUUCACUAAAUUGAGUGUCGCUCAUUAUAUUGUGACUGUGUUAAGAAAAUAUAAGUUUGUAAAAAAAUUCAUAGAUGGUAGACUGUGCAUCGGCAUCAGAGAGUCUGCGAUGAUCUUUUCGUGAGGAAGCGCAUUAAAACAAACUGUACUACAUUCUGGUGAUAUUAGUGAGUGACAAGUUUACAACACUGUUACAAAACAAACCUCUAAAUAACGCCUGAAACAACUGCUCACCAUUGUGUUUACACUGAGUUAAUGUGAAAAUACGUGAAAACAAAUGUGAUUUCCCUUUAGAAUGACGCUUGGUGGUCAGCUUGCAAAGCCACGAGUCUGGGGAAUACAUGGAAGCAGGCAUGCGAGCUGAGCCGGGCUUGGAGCUGCCCUGCCCGCUGCUGCCUGCUUCUCCCUGAAACAUUAUUGUAUGACGUUUAUUCAGUUAACUUGCCCUGGAAAGUUUCCCAGAAAGAUGUCACUUGUGCAGUUAGUCUGAGAAAAGCGUACUGCGAAGAUACUACAAGACGGUGACUAGCAUAGACAAUUACUUUUCGUUGGUUGCCCCCUUUGGAAAUUUUCAGUGUAAUGAUAAACAGAAAGGAGCGGAAAGAAACAUUUGAAAAAUAAAAUUGUGUUUGGUAUGCCAGAGGUGAGGCUUCUUCGACAGCCAUAAAUUCAGUCCACAUCGAGAGAGACAGAAAAAGAAAAAAAUAUGGACGGUCCUGGACGGUGCUUAGACACAAACUGACUGUAGCUGGCAACACUCCUGCAGCUGGAAAGUGUGUGUUUAAGUGUGCGUUUGUGCGUGCCUAGUGUGCGUUUACCCGGCCAUGUACACUACUGGACGCCCCAUCUGAGUCUACUUCUGCCCCCACCCCGUGUACACAUCAGCUCAUGGUGUGUGUGAGACGCAAGAUGUACUGCGCCAGAGCCACCACCCUCUGCGUCGCCUACCUGCUGCUCACCGCUCCGGGAAUUAGAGCAUCAACGGUGGUGGAGCAAGUAGAGGUUGUGGUUGGCAAUAACCUGGAGCUUCCCUGUGAUGUUAUUCCCCCUAUUGAUGACCGCAUGGCUGUCAUUCUCUGGUACCGCGACAACCAUCCGGACGCUAUGUACACUUAUGACGCCCGGAACACCUCACUCGGCUACCUCCAGCACAACCCUCGUGACCAAGCCCUGGCUCGCCGCACCCACUUCUACCCGCAGCCUCCCGCACGCAUGAUUGUUAGCAGUGCCACCUUGCAGGACGCCGGCCGUUAUGAGUGUCGCGUGGAUUUCAUGCGAGCGCCUUCCAAAACUACUAUUAUUGAGGUAACGGUGGUAAAGCCUCCUUCUAUGAUCCGCGUGGCGCUACACACAGGCAAGACCGUCACCUUCACCGUCACUGCAGAUGAGGGGAGUCCACUGAGACUGUCCUGCAUCGUGAAUGGAGGCCGCCCUCGUCCUCGGGUUUGGUGGACGCUGCACAACAAGACGCACGAGUUUAUAGUGGAUGAGACCUAUGAAGCCAUCGACGGGGAGCGCACACAGAAUGACCUCAUGUUGCCCCGCCUCACUCCUGACCACCACAUGACGCGCCUAGCAUGCCACGCCUCCAACACCAACGCCACGGAACCAAUUACCUCACGCCUCACCCUCCUUCUCAAUAUGGCACCUCAGCGAGUGCGCAUCACCGGGCUGGAGCAGCCGCUUCUGGCCGGUAAGAGCUACCAGGUGGGCUGUGAGACUUUCGGCAGUAGACCCGCCCCCAUUCUCACCUGGACCAUCAAGCGACCAGACCGUCUGGAGGAAAUGCUUGCUACGGAGGACCUGUCGAAGAAGAACGUGAGCAGGACAUUCCACGAGCUCGAGGUGAACUGGACGGACCACGGCGCCACACUACGCUGCACCGCCGCCAGCCCUGCCCUCCUCGAGCGUACAGUUACCAACAGCUCCACUUUCGAUGUGAACUUCGCCCCUCGUCUUCAUCUAAUGCUUGGGAGGAUGCUGCAGCCUGACGGGAUCAAGGAAGGGAUGGACGUGUACUUCCACUGCUCCGUUAAAGCCAACCCUAAGGUCUACAAGAUCACCUGGUAUCACAACGACGAGGAGGUGCAUCACAAUUCAGCUGCAGGUGUCUUGGUGUCCGACGAUCACCUGGUGCUGCAGGGAAUCACCAGGCGAUGGAGUGGUGCUUAUGUCUGCAAGGCGUCCAACGUGGUAGGGGACGCUGCCUCCAACACCCUCACCAUCCCAGUGCAGUACUCCCCCAUUUGCUCCUCAUCCUCCACCACGGUGUAUAGAGCUGCCCUUGGAGAGGAGAUUGUCAUUCCCUGCAUAGUCUUAUCUCAUCCUCCUAACGUUACCUUCUCCUGGACCUUCAUGAACGCCCUGACAGAGCACUUCAAUCCCUUCUCUCCCACCCUGGCUUCUCAACCCGUCCCGGUGAUCCCCCAGCACGAGAGGGUACCGGGAGACCGGGUAACGUGGAAUGGUCUUGUCUCUCGCCUCCGCUACCUGCCGGAGAAACCUCAAGACUACGGCACCCUCCACUGCUGGGCCUCCAAUAACGUCGGCAACCAGGAUAGUCCGUGUAUAUUCAGUGUAAAACCCGCUGGUGUUCCUUCGCCUCCACUCAACUGCACCGUGAGUAACCAAACGUGGGAGAGUGUGGAGGUGACAUGUGGUGACUCCGGAGCGUCGCUGGGACAUCACAGGGGCCACAGCUACGGCUACAAUAACCCUGAAUUGAACGAGGUGGCUCCAGCUAACCAUCCCGCGGAGCUGUUGCAGGACAGUGAUAAGCCCCGCUAUCUGCUGACGGUGAAGGAGCGACUCACGCACGCCGUCACCCACAAUCUCACGGGUGAGCGGGGUGUGUUCUCCGUGACGGGCCUGACAGCGGGCCUGGAUUACGUCAUUUCAGUGGUGCGAUAUAACAGUCACGGCCGCUCUUCCAACGUGACCCUCGAGGCGUUUACUCUCAGGACGGCCGAGAACAGGAUGAGAGAGGAGCUGGAGGGCGGAGAGUCAGCCCUGCUCGGGGUGGUAUUGGGUGUGAUGGGCGUGGUGCUAUUACUGGCCGUGGGUGCCAUCGCCAUAACCCUUCGCUCGCGCUCACGCCCGCGGCCCGCCUCCCCCGCUAACAAGACGAGGAUACCCCCAGGCGAGGCGAGUGAAUCUGGCACGCUGGAUCACCCGGACCUGCUGGAGGCGGAGUCCCAUGUACCCACCGCCGGUCCUUAUCGCUCCGCUGAGGUGACGCAGGCGUUGCUCUCCCCGGCCCGCACUCUGGAUGAUGAGGUCAGCGUCACCCCCGCCUCCGUCUCCCCCACCGCCCAUCUGGAGUACUUGCCGUGUGAGGGUUCCGAGUCCGUCUCCCCGAACGUUCGGUCACACCCUCGCCUCUAUGUGCGGGCGGAAGGACACACGGGUCAGCAGGAGAGCUUCCUCUGAGCACCACUAGCGCCGUGUUUCACUGGCAUACAGCAGCAGCAGCAUCGCCAUGUAAAGUAAAUUUUUGUAGGAGUGGUUGAAAAUGUUCCGGGUGGUUGGUGAUAAAGCAGUGACGUUUUUUUCAUGGAAGGGUAGCGUAUUUUUUGGCAUAAUUCCUAUUUACGUAGCUAGUGAUGCAGGUGUUGGAGACGAGACGCCUGGUGGCUGUACUUGGUAUUUUUCUCACGUUUUGUGUGUGCGUG